CAUUUCCGUUCACACCGUUUCACACUAAUUUAAGAACUUGUGGCCGGCAAGAAAACGCUCCUGGAAAGUUCAAAACAGCUAUACGCAUUAUAAGGCUGCUUGAAUUUUCUUCGUGUAAAGAAGGAAAAGGAGAUUCCAGUUCGAAGUGGACUUGUGAGCAGUGGAGUCCCCACUUCUUUAGGAAAGCAGUUAGGGUUUUGUUUAAGAACUGCAUUGUUGUUUGAACUCUUUAUUCUUGUAAGUCAUGGGUUUUCUAUAUUCUAUGUUGGCUUUCUUGAUUGUAUUAAUUCCCACCUCAGUAGCUCAAAUCGAAGAAUUUGUUAGUAUAGAUUGUGCAAGCAAGAGCAAUUACUCGGACUCAAAAACUGGCCUAGUUUGGGUGUCAGAUUCGACAUUCAUUAGGCUUGGGAGUGUAGCUGAAGUUAAGUCAGAAAAUGAAAUUAGUCCUCAAUAUAAAUUCUAUAGGUAUUUCCCUGCGGACAACAAGAAGUACUGCUAUACCUUUAAUACUACAGCAAGAAGGCGAUACCUUGUUCGUGCAACAUUUCUUUAUGGGGAUUCUUACCCUGGAAGUUCAUAUCCUAUGUUCCAGCUCUACUUGGAUACCACUCUAUGGGCAACUAUAACGGUCAAUGAUGGUUCUCGAGUAUAUGUGGAAGAGAUGAUAAUUAGGGCACAAUCAACUUCAUUUCAAGUGUGCCUAUGCUGUGCUUCCACUGGGUACCCUUUUAUAUCUACUCUUGAGCUCCGGCCAUUGAAUCUUUCGAUGUAUUUCACCAGCUAUGAAGAAAGUUUCUUCCUGAAGGUUGCAGCAAGAAUAAACUUUGGUUCUCUUAGUGCUGAUCCGAUAAGAUAUCCUGACGAUCCUUAUGAUCGUAUAUGGGAAUCAGAUUUGGACAAAAGGCAGAAUUAUCUUGUGGGAAUGGCUCCUGGUACAGUAAAUGUUAGCACUAGUAAGAAUGUUAUGGCAAACUCUAGAGAGUUUCCACCUGUCAAGGUUAUGCAGACAGCAGUUGUUGGAACAAGGGGAAGCCUCUCUUACAGGUUAGAUCUUGAAGGUUUCCCAGGAAACGCUCGUGCUUAUGCAUAUUUAGCUGAGAUUGAAGAUUUAGGUAAGAAUGAAACUCGUAAGUUCAUAAUGAAGCAGCCAAAUGUGCCCGGUUAUGACAACGUGAUAGUCAAUAUUGCUGAGAAUGCCCAUGGGAGCUACGCUCUUUAUGAACCAAGUUACAUGAAUGUAUCCUUGGACUUUGUUCUUUCCUUUUUGUUUUCAAAGACCCGUGAUUCUACUCGUGGUCCACUCUUGAAUGCCAUUGAAAUCAGCAAAUACGUGCAAAUCAUUCCUAAGACUGAUGUUCAAGAUGUUGCUGUAUUAAAUGCAUUCUGCUCCUUGGCUUCAAUUGGUGAUUGGAGGUAUGACAAUGGAGAUCCUUGUAUCCCUGCAGCGUGGGAUUGGGUGAACUGCAGCUCUGCAAUGCCAUUAAGAAUUACGAAAAUUGCCUUGUCGAAUAAGAAUUUGAAAGGUUUCAUACCUUCAGAGAUAAAACAAAUAGAUCAGCUAGAGGAGUUGUGGCUGGAUGGGAACGUCUUGAAUGGGCCAAUCCCAGAUAUGAGCAAUCUGAUGAUUCUUAAAAUUUUGCACCUAGAAAACAAUAGAUUGAAUGGUCAGCUGCCUUCAUACUUUGGAGAACUACCAAACCUACAAGAGUUGUAUAUACAGAAUAACAAUUUUACUGGGGAAAUACCUCAUGCAUUAUUGACAAAGAAAUUUCUAUUUAAGUAUGAUGGCAAUCCUGGAUUGAAUCUGCCAAGAAGGCGCAAGAAUGAACUAGCAAUUGUACUUGCCACAACUAUUGGAGCAUUUGCUACCUUUGUAGUUUUAUUAGUGCUUGGAUGUUUCUGGCUACUAAGGGCUCGACAAAGAAAGCCAGAGAAGAGUGAUAAUAGAGAAAAAAAUAACUCUUUACGCAUAAUGUCAAGGACUUCAACUCCUUAUCCUCUUGUAGGAAGUACAUCUUUGGCUAUUGAUGAAGGCCUGGAUGUGGCUUAUUGCAUAACCUUUUCUGCAAUAAAAGAAGCUACGGGAGGGUUCUCCAAAAAAAUUGGUGAAGGUAGUUAUGGACCAGUAUAUUAUGGCAAAAUGGAGGGAAAAGAAAUCGCAGUCAAAGUUUCAGCUGAUUUAUCUAGUCAUGGAGCUCAACAAUUUAUCAAUGAGGUCACUCUUCUUUCAAGAAUUCAUCAUAAAAGUUUAGUUUCUUUCAUUGGAUACUGUCAAGAAGAAUCUAAUAAAAUUCUUGUAUAUGAGUACGUACACAACGGAUCCUUGCGAGAUCACAUUCAUGAUUCUGUAAAAAAGACAAAUCUCGAUUGGCUAUCUCGUCUCUUGAUUGCAGAAGAUGCUGCCAAAGGUCUUACCUAUUUGCACAAUGGAUGUAAUCCAGCUAUAAUUCAUCGUGAUGUUAAAACAAGCAAUAUCUUGCUAGAUAUUAACAUGAGAGCAAAAGUUUCGGAUUUUGGGCUCUCAAAACAAGCAACUGACAAUAGUUUUACCCACAUAUCAAGUGUUGCUCGGGGAACAGUGGGCUAUGUUGAUCCCGAGUACUAUGCUAGUCAACAAUUGACUGAUAAGAGCGAUGUCUAUAGUUUUGGAGUCGUACUCCUUGAGUUGAUUUCGGGAAAGAAGCCUAUUUCUGUGCAAGACUACGGUGUUGACUGGAACAUUGUCCAUUGGGCAAGGUCUUUAAUCAGUGAAGGUGAUAUAACGAGUCUUGUAGAUCCUUGUCUUGUCGGCACCUUCAAAAUAGAAUCUCUGUGGAGGAUAGCCGAGAUUGCAAUCCUCAGUGUUCAAAUCCAUGGAACCUCCCGGCCGAAAAUGCAGGAGGUGGAACUAGCAAUCCAUGAUGCAAUCAAUAUUGAGAUGGGAAGCAAGGACAAAACUAAUCAUGCCUCUUCUACAGCCUCCUCUGAUCAUGUAAGAUUCUCGUCUAUGCCCUUUGAUUUUAUGAGCUCUAACUUCCAAAACAAUAUCAAUUUCCCAUCACUGAGAUAAGCCUACAGCUAAUCAAAUGUCAGGCAUGGAAGUAGUUAUGAGAGAAAGGAGCUCUCUUUUUAAUUUGCAUGAGUAGUUCAAAGCUGCCUCUGUGCAAAUAUGCUUUGUAAAUAUUUUUUUUUCAUGCGACCCUUUCUUGGAUGUUGUGAUGCCUGUUUGAAAGCUUAAAAUAAAGCUAGAGAAUACUUAUUCUUGUAAUUACAUAGCAUACAUGACUGAUUCAACAUAAGACUAAAUACAAAGUAUUCAAAAUGCAA